ACUUGAAAUUUAGAAAGCAAUAUAUAAAUGAAGAUUUUAUACUCCAAUGCAGGUAUUCUUUGAUUGUAAGAUUCUCCUUAGAAUUGGGUACAAACCUUCCCUGGUUAUUUUUUUGUUUUAUUAAUUUUGUUUUGCAGGCCAAAACAAAUUCCGAUUGCAGCCAGUUUUUCUUUGAAGAUUCUGGUAAGUAUAUCAAGACAUUGUGUGUUUACAAAACACUCAUCCAGAGUCUAUAUAGUUAUUGAAUUCUGUCCUUUAUGAAUUUGAAGUGGAAUCGAUUUUCUUCAUCUGGGAUUGAUAAUGAGUUUUUUUUUCAAAAUUGGAAAGAAUAAUGUUUGAGUUUUUAUGCUUAAAAAUGCCAUCCUUGGCUUUUCGUUUGGUUGAUCUCAGCUUUCUGCAUUUCUUGGUCAUAAAUUUCAGGGGCUGCAGCCUGGAUUUCGUCUGGAGGGACCAGCCAUGCACUUAACUCCAUUACCCUCGGUAAAGGCGGCCAUCUUGUCAUUGCAGCCAACACCGACUUCACCCAGGCGACCGGUGAUGACACAACGAUGAUGCACCUCGUGUCGACUGCCACCUGCGAGCUUGGUUCACAGUUGGCGCUCACAAGCCACAUUGGUACGGAUGCGACUCUGCAUCUACCUGGGGUUGGAAUUACGAUGACAAAAUCUGUGACGGUUCAAGGAACUCUGAACACUGACCCUAACACCCAGUUAACAUUUGGUGGGCAUGUGGGUUCAAAACUCACUAUGGUGCCGCACCUUUCCUCCAUGCAAACGCUCAGCUUGAGGGAACUCACUAUCAAGUCUAAUGCCAAGCUAGACCUACAAGAGUCCUCCACUGUCGGCAAUUGUGGGUACACCUUAGACGUUUCAGUUCCAGACAGAACCUUGACCAUGCAGAGACCCAGUGAGCUGAAAGUUGCUUGCCCCGUCACCAUUGAUGUCGCGUCAUUAGUUCUUGACAGUGCUGAAUUCGACACUAAAUCCUCAUCAAGUGGGUCGUUUACUGGUACCUCGUCAGUCCGGACACCAGCUCUGACAAUCACCGGUGAUGUGUUGACAGGAAGGAUUGACCUUCUUGACUGCUCAGACUUGGAUGUUCAAUCAACAGGAAAUAUGACCAUGACCUUAGACGACCCGAGAGAGCUGAAAGCGGACACCAUGAAUGUGGAUGGAGCCCUGACUUCUACCACUCCCAUAGCUGUGUACACUAGUCGCCUGACUGUCUCUCAAGGUGGUUCCUUCACCUGGCCUGGAAGCAGUGGCUCUCUCUUAGAAAGCAACACCGCUUUCAUCGAUGGUUACUUCAGACCGGGAAGCUCAGUGAGUCUCGGUAAUGGCCUGCCUAGUUUCACCAUUGGAGUUAACGGCGACGUGUCCCUGAAACUGGAUGGCCCCUUCAGGACAGACAGCUUUGAAGUCCUUGGAAAAAUGGUAGUCACCCACCCGGUAGUCUUCCAAGGUGCAGUGAACCAGUUGGUGAACCGGUUCACAGUCGUGAGUGGCGGCCAGUUGGUACUUAACUCGAACAAUUCACAGCUUGGUCCAUCUGAGCUACAUGCUAAUUAUGUGACAAUUAAUGGAACCGUAGAAGCUGGACUGCUAAACAUCGGUAUUGGUUGGGAUGAUUUACAAGUUGGUAGUGCUGGAAAAUUCACCUUUGAUCCAGACGAGGAUUUUGCCAUCAACGUUGUCUACAUCUCUGGAGUUGUAGAAAGUCUAAAGCAUGUUGUCAUUCAUGGCCGAAGCCAAACAGUGGUGGCAGUUUUUCAGACGACAGCAGGUAGCUCGGUGACCUUUGACCUUGGCCGAUUCUACAAUGUGUCUGGGGAGUUAAACCACACUCAGCUCCGCGUUCAGGAUUUCACUGUGGGCGGUUACUUAAAAGCAAACGAGUUGAGCAUUCCCAACGAGUUCAACCAGCUGACGGUGGAACAAACUGGCGAACUGCAGAUGACAGCAGUUGGUCCUCUUCUUAUUCACAACAUUCAAGUGGAUGGCACUCUGCGCGUCACCAAUCCCAUUAUUGUGACAGGCACGACGUAUGACCGAGCACGUUCACUCAACAUCGGUGCAACGGGAGAGGUGUUUCUGGAUGAGGAUGGCCGUUCGAGCAGUGAGUGGACAAAUGUCUCCUACAUUGGGGUCCACAGUGUCACCAUCGCCGGACGUUUUUACGCGGGUCUUUUCAGCAACAUCUACCCCACCACUUUCGGAUGGGAUUCACUCCACAUGAGCGGCAACUCGGAAUUCCGGUUCGAACCGGCAGACGACUUUGCGUGCGACUCUAUUGUCUUUGUGGAGGGCCCCACAAUGGAGUCGUUCACCCCAGUCGUCUUGCGUGGAAGCACAUACCAGCUGAUUCAGCAACUGACCAUUUCCCAUCCUGGUGCCCUGCUGUUGGACACCAAUGAGGGAAACAAGAACGUCUGGCGCAACAUAAGCUCGGAAGUUCAUGCAGAAAUCGUCACAGUUGACGGUACAUUCCAUGCAGGACUUGUAUACAUUGGAGUUGGGUGGAAGACACUUGGUGUUGGGGGCCAAGGAUUAUUUACGCUCCAAUCCACUGACUUUCCAGUGAAUAACAUGACUAUAAAUAGUCCGUCUGGUCGCAUGGAGGUCUUGACCCCACUGAAUAUUCAUGGCAGGGAACAGUCCCACGUCUACGAUAUGAUUGUUGAGUCCGGUGCCACUCUUACACUGGACACUGGCAAUUAUGCAGGCACCGAGCUCACAAAUAAUUCGUACUCCACUGUCCUUGCAGACUAUGUGACAAUUGGCGGGAAUUUUCUGGCAAAUAAACUUUCCAUCUCUUCGUAUGUAAUUGCCAUCCAUGGGCUAUUAUCAUUUUAUGCCAGCACUCCGGAGGAAUUUGACACACUAACUAUUUCGUCAGGGGGACAAGUCCAGGUCAAUAAUCCAGCAACAUUUUUGGGUCGGUCGUCCAACCGCACUGACACCAUAGAAAUCGAAGGCCGUAUGAAACUUCACUCUGCCAUCAGUAACCAUAACAACCAUCUGUGGCCAUCCAAUCAGAGUUCAGUUUUCCACCUAGAUCAUUUGAAUGUUAGCGGCACUCUGGAGGGUGGAGCCCUGUCGGUCGGAAGUGGCUGGCAAACUCUCUUGGUUGGGGACCUGGGAACUGUCACCUUCCAACCGGAAGGAACGUACAGGAUAGAUGAUGUCGUAAUAGCCGGUCACGUGACUGCAUUCACCGCUAUGCCCACCACGGCACCGCUGAUAUCAGACAACCUCCGAAUCUACUCCACGGCUGUCUUUGAUAUCGACUUCCGAGGCCCACCGGGGGAAACAGGUGAGGGGGCUACCAAUUCGACCCUCCUGGUUAACAACAUUCACAUCACUGACGGAACCCUGCAGGCCGGCUCCCUGUGGAUAGAGGCUGAUGACAUCACCGUUGGCAACGGAGGAGUGCUGACUGUAGUUGGAGGUGGCCAUUUAUCAGAUCAAGGCCCAGUUGGUAAAUUGCUGUAG